GCUUUCUGCUCUCCAUCUGUUUCUCUCACACACCCGCCCCACUCUGCAAUGGCUUCAAGACCCACAAGAGCGAGAAAGCAGGCGAAGAAGGGCGUACAGCUCACUCUCAUGGUAGUCGGCGCAUCCGGCACAGGUCGCACCACCUUUGUGAACACCCUCGUAGAGUCCGUCCUCCUCGAACACAGCACAGCCACCCUUCUCUCCAAUCCCGAGGACCCCCAUUCCGCCCUCGACAUCUCCCUCGUAAAGCAGGCAGCUGCCCAGGCCAACGUAGAGCAACCUAUACGCAUCAAGCCUACAAAUAUCGAGCUCGAAGAAGAGGGUGUCAGGAUUUCACUGACAGUGGUGGACACCCCUGGCUUUGGAGAUGGUAUCGACAAUGAGUACUGUUUCCAAGAGAUUUCAAGCUAUCUUGAACGUCAAUAUGACGAUAUCCUGGCGGAGGAAUCAAGGAUCAAGCGUAACCCUCGUUUCAAGGACAACCGAGUUCACGCUUUACUCUAUUUUAUCCCUCCUACGGGCCAUGCUCUCCGAGAAUUGGAUAUUGAAUUGAUGCGCCGACUGUCUCCUAGAGUUAAUGUCAUUCCUGUUAUUGGCAAGGCCGAUUCUCUUACUCCGUCAGAGCUUAGGGAUUUCAAGAAGCGUAUAAUGGAAGAUAUCGAGUACUAUGGUAUUCCCGUCUACAACUUUCCCUACGACGCCGAAGAAGAUGACGAGGAGACUAUUGCUGACAAUUCUGCCCUCCGUGCCCUUCUUCCAUUUGCGAUUGUCGGUUCCGAGGAGGAGAUUUUGAUUGACGGCGAGCCUGUGCGAGGAAGGAGAUACCCUUGGGGUAUCGUCGAAGUGGACAACCCUGACCACUCUGACUUUACCCGCCUGAGAAGUGCUCUCCUUGCCUCCCACUUGACGGAUCUCAAAGAGAUUACCCACGACUUCCUUUACGAAAACUACCGAACAGAAAAGCUUUCACGAUCUGUUGGCGGAAACGACCCCGACUCUUCCAUCCACCCCGAGGAUAUGGCCAACCAAUCUGUCCGACUCAAGGAAGAACAGCUCCGUCGAGAAGAAGAAAAGCUUCGUGAGAUUGAGCUCAAGGUGCAGAGGGAGAUUCAGAUGAAGAGGCAAGAAUUGUUGGCCAAGGAAGACAGUUUGAAAGUGCUUGAAGCCAGGCUGGCGGCACAAAAUGCGGCCCAUUCUCGCGAGAGUACCCCCAACUACUAGAUCUCAUCCGCCCAAACCUUGCUCGAAUCUUCUUAAACCCUUGCAAUGUCCAUACUGAUGUCUAUCACGUUAAAAAAAUCAAAUAUCGCCUACGAACCGCCCCCCAUCUCAUCCAUCUCAUCCUUGUUCUUCUCCUUAUUUUACGAACUCUUGAAGAGAUUUGAUUAACAUGGAGAAGGUAUUACCCAUGCGCCAAGCUUAUUUCCAUUUUUGAUGUCAAUACCCGGGAUGAAACUGUUUACAGUAUCACAUGGAACCUCAGAGAAAAUACU